GCCACAUGUCCUCCGCCCUCGCCAGGUGCUUCACUUGCCACCCGUCCGUCCCUGCACUGCCACUGCCCAGCUGCAAUCUUCCGGUUCAUGCCGUCCAGCAAGUCAUCCGAAGAGGAUUUGAAUUCCAAGGCAUGACCAAAGCAGGCCCCUUGUCUAUGAUGACUACUGCUCCCUUUUUUGUUGAGACGAAUGCACGCAGCGGAUUCGGCGCGCGCUGACCUUUGUCAGCCCGUCCCGGGUACCUGACGCCACGGCGGGUAAAAGGUUGUACACAUCAUGGACUUGUCAAGCUUGACUUUUUCGUGCGCGACAAACCAUGGCACACCGCAUGUGCAUAGCGGUGUAGCAGAAACGUGUUCAGGAGAUUGUGUUACUGUGCGCAGCAUGGCCAUUUGAUUUGUUUUUUCAGGUACAAGCCCGGGCUGUGUCUCUCCCUCACAUCAGCUUAUUCGUCCGCAUGGCGCAACCCGCGACAACUACACGAGCGUAAAAUUGCACGAGAGACAAAAGACCGACACUGCAAUGUCUUGGUUGGGGUCAGCAACAUCGCAAAAGGUUCGUCCCCAACCCCGAACCGAACCAUCCGAUCAGAGCCCCCCCCCCACACUCGGCACUUUUGUACAUGUU